AUGGUCUACCCAUGUCAGUCCACAGUCCACCAAGUGUCAUGCCUGUUAAGGCGUAGACGUUUGUUCUUUAAUCCGGUCGAUCUGUACCAGUCCACAAUCCACCAAGCGUUAAGCCUGUUAAGGCGUAGACGUUUGUUCUUUAAUCCGAUCGAUCUGUACCAGUCCAAUAAUGGUGGUUCUGCGAUCCAUACCACAGAUUCAUCCGACGUCCAUUUUGUUGAUAAUGAUCUCGCCUUAAUGCAACUUUUUUACGAGAGUGAAGGACAAGAAUAUCUAGAUAUUGGUAAGAUGAACACUGUUUGUCAGAAAUGUGGCGGUUUGAGUUCAAUACGUUCAGGAUUUCUAUUGGGUGUGGAGGAGGUUGUUAGUCGUGGGGACUAUGAUGCAUCUUUGAUUGGAAACCGUGUUGUUUUGCCAGCUUCAUUCACUGGUGGUAGGAGCUAUAUGUUUAACAAUUGCCAGGAUGUCAUGGCAAUCUGUAAGAAGUUUGGAUAUCCCGAUUUGUUUCUCACCUUUACCUGUAAUCCCAAAUGGGUGGAGAUUCAGUGUCAUUUGUCGAAGUCUGGCAACCAGGCAGUCUAUAGGCCAGAUAUUUGUUGUAGAGUAUUUCAUAUUAAGUUGGAACAGAUGAUGGCUGAUUUCAAAAGCGGAAAAUUUUUUGGAACAGUUAUAGCAGGGAUGUACACAAUUGAGUUUCAAAGGCGUGGGUUGCCACAUGAAUAUAUUCUCUUGUGGCUUGAUCCAAGGGAUAAGUUGGAGUUUCCUGACGAGAGGAUUUAUCCUAAACUCUAUGCAUCAGUUACAAGUUUUAUGAUUCACGGUCCAUGUGGGUUUGCUAGACCUAAUUCUCCAUGCAUGAAGGAUAGGCGUUGUACUAAGUUUUACCCAAAGAAAUUUGUCUCUCGGACUUCUUUUGAUGAGAGGGGGUAUCCUGUCUAUCGGCGUCGAGACCUUGGGUACAAAGUUUUGAAGAAGGAUGUUGAGUUAGACAAUCGUAGUGUUGUUCCGUAUAAUCCUAUGCUUAUUAUGAAGCACAAUGCUCAUAUCAAUAUUGAGUAUUGCAACAAAUCCAACUGCAUUAAGUAUAUGUUAAAGUAUAUAACCAAGGGUGUUGAUAGGGUGACUGCUACAUUAAAGAUGAAUGAUGAGGAGUGCGUUGAUGAGAUACAACAAUAUCAUGAUUGUCGUUACCUUUCUCCUUCCGAGUCGAUAUGGAGGAUUUUCAAGUAUGAUAUCCACAAGAGAUGGCCCUGAGUUCAACCUUUGACUUUUCACCUUAAGGGCGAGCAGAUGGUUUUUUUAAGGAAAAUUCUAAUUUGGGUAACGUGUUGGACAUGAAUAAGAACAAGGAUACGAUGUUUCUUGCAUGGAUGGAGGCCAAUAAGAGACAUGUGGCUGGAAGGAGUCUUACUUAUACGAAAUUUCCAACGAAAUUUGUGUAUGAUUCAGACAAUCGUAGGUGGAAACCACACACAGAAGGGUCAAUCAAUUGGAAGGGAAGGACAAAAUGGUAAUUGUGCAUAAGACUUUUCAGGACUGAAACAUACGGACUAUGGGGAAUGAAAUAUUUCACUUAAAACUUUUACGAUAUUUUAUCGGAUAUUCUAGUUUGAAGAAGAGUGUAGAAAAGGGCAUUUUGGUCAUUUCUUACCUAAGGAUACAAAUAAGACAAAACAUGAAAUUUCUACACUUUUCUCCAUCUUUCUCUCUCUCUCUCUCUCUCUCUCUCCAAAAUUUCAGAUUUUUCUUCUCUCUUCCUCUCUAGCUCACGUCUUCUCUACCUCUCUUCACCCAAUCCACCAAAAAUCAUUAAUUCUUCAUGAAAUCAUCAUGAAAAUUGUUUAAGAGUGUCCCUUGUAGUGAUUAGACCAAGAAGUUCAAGGUUUGAAGUGGAAUCUCAAGUGGGAAGCUUAUUCUAGUAAGAGUUUAUUUCAAACAAGGUUAAUUAUAGAUGCACUUAUGGUUGAGCAUGAAGUUGGUUGAGGUUUGAAAUGCAAAAGUGAGACGAGCCUAUGCCAUUUUAAAGGAUUAAAGACGUACAAGUUAUUAUACAACAUGAUGGUUCGUGAUGAAGAAGCAGAAGUCGCUUGAAGUUUCGCGUCAGUAGUGUUAGUGUUACUUCAGAGGUAUAAGACGAGAAUUUUUGUAUCUUAUUCAGAGGAAAUUUUUAUUGUUGUAAUUUUAAUGUAUCCAUUGCCAAGUUUAACACUCAUGCUAGAUAUCCUAGGUAAUUUCUAGUAGGGGUGUUACAAUGUGUUAUUUUGCUGUUUUGAUUCAUAUUUUUGCUGGAACAUAUUUUACAUGGUCAAAACUUGGAGUUUCUAAAUGGUUUGAAACUUGUGUUUGUGUCGUUCGGUUUUUCGGAAAUUGUCGGAACUUGGAAUUUUGUGAACAAAAAGGAUUGCAAGCUUGGUCUCAUAUAGACUUAGACAAGGCUUGUAAGUUUAGUACAAUGUCUUAAACAUGUCAAACUUGAU